CCAUCUCCCUUCAAAGUGCGUGGUACAGUCCAUCUUGGCGCGAGAUUUAGAGCAGCUGUUGAUGUCUGUGGUGGUGGUGGUGGACUAGCCCGUGCGCUGUCAGCGAUGGAAAGUUGCCAGGCAGAGAGAAUGGAGGAACAAUAUGAAGCUGAAAUACAGAAACUGUAUGAGGAGAUUGCCAUGUUGGAAGCAGAGAAGGAGAACUGUGAGAGAGAAGUGUCCAUGCAGUAUGGCAAAUAUCUACACGGUGUGUUAGACGUUCUGGAGGAGGGAGAUGUGAGGAACAAGAGGGAUGUUGCGAAGCUCAUGGAGGAGAUCGAGAAGAUGGAGAAGAACCUCGACGCAGAGAUGAAGCUCAACAGAAUCACCCUGACCUGCUGCAGCACCAAGACCAUACAGAAAAGCAGUGCCAAGGAUGUGCAACAGUACCAGCUCCAAGGUCAUUGUUAUCAUGUCUGCUUUGAUGUUGGCUUCACCAUCACUGAGGUGCAGGAAAAAGACGCUGUAACAAGGAGAGUUUCAAAUCUCAGCAUUAUAUUGGAUGGCCAGGACUCCACGGACAUCAGUUCAGUUUUGACUCGAGUGGAAGAAACCAACAGUCUUAUGCUGCUCUUCAACACAUUGAAGAGUUUUUCAGAAAACUGCAAACACAGAAGCAAAACAUUCCAACAUUUUAAGGAGCGGUACCCAGAGCUAGUGAGUCUUCCGGAGGGGUGCAUGUCUUCUCUGCUGCUCGCCCAGAGUGCCAGGCUGAAAGGCUGCACUAUGUGCAUUCAUUGGGGCAUUGACGUGUCACUGGAGGGAGAAGUCAGGCCCAAACUGGACCUAGUGAUGAAGAUUCCUGAGGAAGGUUUAAGGAUGGACUCAACAAACGUUGUGGCAAAUGCCCCAAAAUACUUCCAGAACCUUCUCCAUGCUGUCGGCGUGGAAACGGCCAUUGAGUGCAUUCUAAAGACGAUGCUGGUGUAGCAGGUUGAGGGCCGCAGUGCUGGUGCUGAAACAACUUUUCUUUUAUAACACACUUAAAGAUGCACUGUGUAAUAUUUUCAGUAGGUCAUUUCCACAGUUCAUGCUGUCCGUUCACAAAUGUUACCUUUUUAACAAAUACUUACCACCACCAUUAAAUUCUAAGUAUUCA